AUGGCUGCCAGCGGCCGCUACGGUCCCAACCCCAAUAAUCACCGGGACCAACAAGAAUUGUCCAAUAUCAUGCGCAAUCUAAAGUCCAGCUCUGACGGCACCGCCUCUUUUGUCAUGCGUGCCGAUGGUGUCCUCCGAACCCUAACGUCGGAUUACGACGUGGUAGACGCGAUCGGUCUUCCACCCCGACUGAUCAAAGCUUUUCUGGACCGGGAGGUAUUUGACCAGGACAUAGAAGACAUGUUUCGCGGGGCAGAUGGAACGAAAGUAUUCCAGGAGCAGUGGUGGAAGCCAGAUCCAUCGUUAUUGCCACCACCGCUGACGGCGGAGGAGAACGCGUGGAUUGAGGAGAACACGGAGGAGAACAUAGAAAUCAUUCAGGAGAAUACCAGGAGAAUGGAAAGCGGCGAGCUGAAGCCAUGUGGGUUUGUGAUUCGGUCGGAUCAUGAUAUCAGUCCUAGGUAG